ACACUGAAUCAGGAAAAAUCAAUAAGAACGAAUUUCGAAAUAACGUAACACACCAUUGAGCCUGUAACACUGAACUAAAGUCUAAGUCACGCAAGGGGGAGCCACAUACAGACUGAAAUUUCGUAACGCAGUUUUCCACUUGUAACUAAUAGUAUCACCAAUCUUCCGCGUACCCCCUCCAUUGGUUCGGCUUCAUUUUCAGAUUUUAUAUAGAGUGACUGAUAUCGACAAUGGCUGCCUAUCCUCCAGGUUACUCAGCUCAACCGGCCGUGGUUAUAAACCCACCAAUUAUACAGCAGAGUGUCUUCAGGCAUGUUCCUGUGCGCAUGCGCUGUCAAUUCUGCAACGCUGAGAUCACAACCAGCACUUCAUUUGAGACCGGAGCCUUAACCUGGAUAAUCGCUGGUGUUUUGCUUCUGUUCGGGCUUUGGCUGGGGUGCUGCCUGAUUCCAUUUUGUAUUGAUGGAUGUAAAGAUGUCGUCCACACGUGUCCCAGUUGUCAGCAAGUUGUUGGGAAAUUCAACAGGAUGUAGCAAUGCUUCAAGUGCCAUGCUUUCUCUCUCUAUUCUACCUACACACACGUGUUUACCUAUCAAAGAUUACCUGUGAUGAUACUUUUUAACUAUAUAUUUAUCUGUGAUAUUUUUAAUGAUAUAUUUAUAAUUCAUUUUUAUGAAAUUGAACUUCAUGUUGUGCCAGUGGUUUUCGUGGACAGAAACAAGAGUGUCAUGCAAUUCAUACAUAUUUACAUGUGUCAUACUAGAUAUCAGAGUGCCAUACUAGAUAUCAGAGUGCUAUACUAGAUAUCAGAGUGUCAUUCUAGAUAUCAAAGUGUCAUAUUAUGUAUCAGAUUACAUACUAGAUAUCAGAGUGCCAUAUCUUUUGUCUAGACAUCAUUGUCAUACUAGAUAUCACAGUGUUUUACUAGACAUCAGUGUCAUACUAAUCAAAGUGCCAUGCUAGAUAUCUGAGCGUUAUACUAGAUAUCUGAGUACCAUACUAGAUAUCUGAACGCCAAACUAGAAAUAAGACAACCAUUGGACGGUGUUGAUUUCUAAUGUAAUUCUGGUAUACUGUAUCUGCAUGAUUUUCUUAUAAUAAAGUUACAAUACAUAUUGUGUUUCAUUAAAGUUCAUUCAUUAU